CAGUUUACCAUUUCUCUGUGUCCAGGGGGGGUCAAAAGGGGAAAAAAAACACACUUUUCAAAACCUGAAGGAAUUCAGUACAGACAAGAUUUGUGAAUAUCACCACAAAGCCGUCUCAGCUCAUGAGACUUGUCACAUCAUGAGAUCAUGCGGCCGUUUCCUAUUGCUUUACCUACUGGGGAGCUGCUUUGGUGCAGUAAGUGCACAAAGAAAUGCAACCUGCACUACUGUCCAAAACUGUGGUCAGGUGCCAGAUCCGACCUCUGACUUCCUCCAGUGUGUGGGAUUGCCUUCGAAUGAAACCGGGAACAAUCACAUGCGGAGGCUGAAAGGAAUGCUUCAAGCAACGAUGGAUGUGUACACCUUCAUGAGAUCCAGCAUGACAGGAGUGCCACUUCUCAGCCUGCAGGGGGCCCUGCAAUUAAAACCCGGAGCAGACCCCCUUCAGAACGAAGCCCUGGUCCAGAUGUGGAUGGAGGUCACGAUAAAACCGCUGCUGAAAUCUAUCAGCAAAGGCUUCCUAUCCUGCCUCAGCACGAAGAACUUCAGCUGCUCCACCUACCAGACUGUGGUGAGGGAGCUCAGCCUCUAUUAUUCUGAGAUGAAUCCAGUCAGACAAAAGUGGAUCUACACAUUCUUUAUGUACCCCUUUCUGUCUGGAGACAGAGUGGCUGGUUGUGUGAGUCCAGAGGAGAGCAGUGAGGAUUGGCUGCUGAAGAAUUUUGGUGCCUUCAGAGCCAUGGCCCGAAUGAAGGAUUUUUCAACACUUAACGUGGUCUUCAGCGGAUUGGAGGUUCUGAACCUGCUGUCCCCAGCGCAGAAAGCCGAGCUGCUGCUGAGGCCUGAGGUUGCAGGUUUAGACAACGACACCCUAAGCCUGGUUUUCCACAGUUUGUUGACAGGGGGCUCUGGCCCUUCACCCACCACCAGCCCUGGAGGUGCCACAAACUGGAGAACCCCUGGAACUAACCAAAACUGGACCUUACCUGGUGGUAACCAAAACUGGACCUUUCCUGGUGGCAACCAAAACUGGACCUUUCCUGGUGGUAACCAAAACUGGACCUUUCCUGGUGGUAACCAAAACUGGACCUUUCCUGGUGGUAACCAAAACUGGACCUUACCUGGCGGUAACCGAAACUGGACCUUUCCUGGCGGUAACCAAAACUGGACCUUUCCUGGCGGUAACCAAAACUGGACCUUUCCUGGUGGUAACCAAAACUGGACGAGCCCUGGAUAUGACCCAUACCCACCACCGUCCCCAGAGAACAGCCUCAGACAGGUUGUGAAUGGGUUCAUGAUGGCUUUCAAACCCGUUGGGAGCUUCGUUCAUGAGUUUGUGUCCUUCACACAAGAGAGGAACGUGUCACAAAUUAGAAGCACCACUCUGACCCAGUUCCUGCUUAACUGGACUCUGGCUGAGCUGGCAGACACGUAUAAGAAACAAGAACCAACUGUAGCUCCAGUAACGCCAACGUUUGACGUGACAAAUGUGGACGAUUGGUACCAGUAUGUUGUGGUGCCGGUGUUACGAAGGUUCCUGCCAAACAACGGGGCCCUCAUGCAUCAAAACAUCAUACUCGCCUUUCAUCAAGUGUUCCAUCUGAAUAAUAAUAUGGACAAUGACACCUCUGAAACUGUCAGCGAAGUCAAGGAUGUCUGUAGCAUCACCCUCGAUAAGAAACCUUGCGGGCUGACUGAUGCGGUGGAAAAUGUGGCCAAUGUUUUGCACUGCGCUGCUCGUAGCAACCUGAUAAUGACCGAGGAGACGGUCAUGAGAUUGAUUGUAGAGCUGACAGGACGUCUGAACUCACUGAUCAAAGAGUUGUCAACAGCAAACUUCAGCGAGGUGGCAGCCGACAUUCAGCAGAUCUUUGGCGAGGCGGAGUCUCCGUCUCUGACCCAAGAACAUCUGGAUGACCCAGACUUCAUCAAGCUCUGGUUUCAGAUCAAACUGGUGCCCCUCAUGCCCAACAUCCCCAUAGACAUUAUGUCCUGCCUCAGCACCAAGAACUUCUCCUGCCCAGUUUUCCACACACUUGUGGCGGAAUUUGGCAAACAUGAGCCUCCAAUGUAUCCUAAUUAUCAAAUCUAUCAGAUGUUCAUCUAUCCCUUCCUGCUGCAUGACCGAACCCCGGUGGCCCGAUGUAUCUCCUCCAAUCAAAGUGCAUGGCUGCUAAACAACUUUGGUGUCUACUCAAGUAUCAUCCCCAUCACUGACUUCUACAAGUUCAACUUAAACUUCUCUGGACUGGAGGUUCUUCCACUCUUGUCUCCAAGUCAGAUAGCAGACUUGCUGAUUUUGCCUCUUCCUACUCCACCUGAGAAAGACGUUGUCAUCGACCGAGUAUUUGACUUCCUAUUGGAGUCUCCUCAAUACAAGAAACUUCCAGACAUCCUGAGCAGCCUCCGCCAAAACGCAUAUAAGAUACCCUGUGAUGUCUUCAAACACAUCUUAGAGAGAUUGUACAGAGCCAUAUCACUUCUGCCACGAGAUUUGGAACCAGUCAUCUGGGCUAAUAUAGAUAUGCUGAUAAGCAAGGUAGCAGAUCCAGCGUGUGUGCCAGAUAACGUCAUGUGCCCAGUAACCCAGUACAAUGGUUCUGAAGUCUGCAGAGGAGUUAACAGCUCUGACCAGAACUCUUACCUAAACACAUCCAUGGAAGUUCCCUGCAAUUUUGCCUUGGAGACAUAUGCAUGUGCCCAGCUGGAGAACUUCACAGCCAAUCAGCUGGUGUCUCUUAUAGAGUGUAACCUGCCCGGAAACAGCAAGUACUCCAAAGUGCUGUGGAAGAUGCUGCUGACGAAGCUAUCAUUUGUCUUGGACCCAGCUCUGGACCUGCUGGCUAACAUGCCCAUGGCUAUUGUUGGUCCAUCAGCGUCUCAGAUUUUGGACGUGAUUGGGGAGAUGAGAGUGUCAGUGCUGACUGAUGAGCAGCUGAUGAAUAGCAGUGUCAUCGCAAAGUGGUUCUCCGGCCGUCUGAGCAAGUUCCUGCCACCUGAAUCAGGAAGCUUCCUGCACUGUCUGAGCAGCAGAAACCUCAGCUGUUCUUCAUACCAGCAAAUACUGCAGGUACUGAUCCGCAAUUUUAAUAUCUACACUGGAAAUCAACGGCUUUUGGUCCUCAAAGAUUUCGUCCUCCGUUUCCUGUCAAAGCCAAACUCAGGUUCAGGCUGUGGGUCUGUUUCCAACGGCAGUGCAGAGUGGCUAAUGAAGAAUCUGGGUCCAUUUUCUGAGUUUUUGUCCCUCAAAGAGAUGCUUGGUCUCAACCCAUACUUCAACCCUCUAGAGGCCAUACAACGUCUUACUCCGGUUCAGGAUGCAGAGCUGGUGUUGAGUUUUCCUACUUCUGUAGAGAAAAGCAUCAUCAUAAAUACGGUUUUUGAUUACCUGACGAAGUUACCUGACGAGAAGGACUUUCGCUCAUUCCUUGGAUACCUUGUCUAUUACCAUUACCAGGGGAAUUUAUCCUGUGCAUCAUACAAACUACUGUUUGCAAGAAUGGACUUGGCCAUUCCUACAGUUUCUCUUGCUGCAGCUUUAGACAUCACGUUCACCAAGAUGAAGUUAUCCUUGUACACACCACCAGGUUGCCUCAUAUACACUUCCGAGUGCACUGUUACCAUGGCAAACGAAACAGACAUUUGUGUUGGAGUGAACAGCACAAUGCUGCAGCUCAACCUCAGCGAAGGGAUGAACGAACGUGUCUGUGACUUUGCUGUUGAGGAAUUCGCCUGUGCCUCGGUCACACAGCUGUCAACGCUGCAAGCGGCAGAUCUGGCGGCGGUGUUGGCGUGUAAUCGCUCCUCCGACUCCAGCGGCUCAAGACAAGCCUGGAAGAUUCUCCUCUCCAAAGCCUCAAAUGUGCUGGAUGUAGCUCUGGAUCUCUUAACCAACACGACUCUGGACCCGAGAAAUCCUGCAGUUUCAGUGAUUUUAGACUCUAUACGAGAAAUCCGAUUGGACACAUUCAACACGGCCAGCCUCAACCAACCCACCCUCAUCCAGCUGUGGUUCAAUCAGCGGCUUCGCCCAUUCCUGCCCGCCGUUUCCCCCGAUUUCCUCUCAUGUAUUGUCACGAAAGGGUUGCACUGCAGCACCUACCAGCAAAUUGUGCAGAUUUUGAGCAGUGUCCAGCCACGCAUGACACUCUCCAGGCAGAUUCAUGUCUACACACACUUCAUCAAGGCUUUCCUGACCUUUAAUAACAGAACAGACUCCAGCUGCAGCUCCAACACUAGCAACAGUGGAGAGUGGCUGCAGAAGAACUUCGGAGGUUUCUCUGUCUUUGCGUCCAUCCAGGACCUGCAGAGGAUUUAUCCCAACUAUAAUCCGAUGGAAGCCUUGUCGCAGCUGACCGUCAGACAGCUGGCUGACCUGUCCUCCACGCCCAACAAGCUCACCUCUCCUGACCAGGUUGCCAAGGUGAUGCAAUAUGUACCCGACAAAUUCCUCGCUGACUUCUUUGAUGACUUCUCACCUGCUAUCCUGGGUCAUGGAAACAAGUUGCCCAUCGUGGUGAGGUCAGCCAUGUUGCAAGUUGUGUUUGAUCGGGCAAACCUCUCAGAUCCUGCGGUGGGUGAUUCCGUUGUGUUGCUUUGGCUCCAAAAUCGACUGCCCGUCCUGCUGGUCAACCUGUCAUCGGAGAAUGUCAGGCCCUUCUUCAGAAUACUGUCGGGAAGAAACUGCAGUAUCCAGCAGCUGGGAGUCAAAUCCCUGAAUUCAACAAUCUCCUCUCUCGGUGAUGCUACAAAGAAAGAAAUCUAUAACAACAUCAUUCAGAUUCUCACAGAACCAAUACCUAUGCAGUGCUACGGAAACAACUACAACCGCAGUUUCUACAGUUUCCUGGAAAGCUCAUUCAUGGGAUUCCAGUUCCCCAACGUCACCACCUUCUUGUCCCUCAUGCCUAAGGACAGGGUAAAUCAGCUGGUGAACUCCAUACCUCCAUCAGAUCUUGCAGAUUUCCUCCGUCGCCCUAAUGUUGUCGACAACGAUGCCGAGCUAUGUGUCAUCUACAGAAACUACGUCCAGACGCCGAUGUUCCUAGAGACCGAGUCUCUCCCGGGGGUGGUGCGGCGGCCCACCCUGCCUUGCGUCUGGCCCAUGGCGCUCAGCAGCACCAAGCUGUCAGAGGUCAACGCCUGGUUUGACCGACGCCUCAACAGCUAUUUGGUCUUCCUCACAAAGAGUCUGAUCAGCCCCAAUGUCACAUACAACUCCUCCUGCCUGGCCUUCCAAAAGCUCGUUUCAGUCCUUGGGAAAUACAAAUACACUGUUGCAGACUUUACGAGGCAAGAUGUGUUCAACACCAUCAGAGCAUACCUCACCUCAGCCACGGUGCCAAGGUGUUACAACCCCGGCGACCCGGAACUAAACUCCACAGCCUGGUUUGCUGAGUACAUCGGCCUUUUCAUUCCUUUCCUCACUCUCGAGGAUCUUCAGACGUUUGGAUCUGCGGAGGUUCUCCAGGUGUUUACAGUGAACCCUCUGAACCUCGCUCUCUUUAAUUACUCCGGUUUACCUCUCAACCUCACCAACUACUACACCCAGCUCAUUUAUCAACAGGACAGCAACUUCAGCCCUUUACUACUUUCUCCAUGGGCUCGGUGUUACGCUCCUGGUCCGACAUUCAGCCAGCUAACACCAGAAGAAAGUAUGAUGCUUCUUCAGAACCUGACCACUUUCUGUACAACCAUGGACCCACAGAUUGCUGCAGCUUUGGCAGGUAACUUUGGUGACAACAUCAAUGCUGCGACCAUUACUUCCCUCGGCAGCCAAAGCAGCAGCCUGUCGACCGGUCAGAUCAAUAUGAUAAAGCCUCAGGAUCUAUAUGGUGCCAUCUCCAUUCUCAGCAGUGUUCCAGGCUGGAAUGAAGGCCAGGCCAGUGCCAUUAUCCAGUCUCUGAUGUCUUCAGGGCUUAUGAAGAUCAACAGCUCGUCGUCAUUGUUCAUGCUGGGCUCUCUUGUUGUCGGUGUUCCUGCGAACACUUUCAGCAACAUCAGCGGCUCCCAGCUGCUUACUUCAUCCAAAAAUCCUUUAUUCCUGGGAUACAUGCUGUCCGCUCCACAGAUUGUCCAGCAGAUCUUUGUUACUCAGAUCAUAUCAGUGAACAGCAACAGUGAGACGAUCAUAAAGAACGUUCCAGAUGAUAUGGCCAAUCAGAUCCCUCGUGUUCAGCUGCUGGGCUUCUCAAAUAACAUCAGCGUUAUCAACACACUCAACCAGAAGAAAUGGACAUAUCAGCAAGUUGAGUUGUUCUUUGAAAUAAUGGCUGCGGAAUCUGCAACUGAAAUGCUGGGAGGUCCAAACAAUUUGUCAUCCACUGUGCUGCAAGGGUUCACGUGCACCGGAGUGAGAAAUGUUAAUAAGGUGCAGAUCAAGAAGCUGAUUGGAGCCUGCCGGAGGAAAGGCAAGAACAAGGUCCCAUUGGUUGAGACUCAGUUGACCUGCAUGUAUAAUUACAUUAAAAAUGACUCAGAUGCCACCAGCUUCGACCUAUAUCCUCCUGACAUGCUGCUGUACUAUGAUUACUCCCUGGUGCCACAGGCCAGCUGCAGGUUCUAUUUUGAACAACUGGCAGAAGCAGACUUCUCCAUCUUCUCCUCCACCCUCAGCUACAAACUGACCGCUCUGUUUGCUAAUGCCAGGAGCUGCCUGGGUAUAAAAAACACGACAUUGACUGCGGGUAACAUACUGGUGUUGGGAAACAUGUGCUGCACUCUGGAGGGUACCUACAUCGAGAACUCUGACCCGUCCAUCUUGGAAAAACUCAAGAACUGUCCGGACCUCACCGGCGCUCAGGCAGCUGCUGUCGAAGCUCUACUGCAGAGCGGGAAAACACAGUACGGAGCUCCAUCAACAUGGGACGGCCAGACUCUGAAGGACCUCGGGAUGUUACCACUGUAUUUGACCUCAACCUUCUACAGUAACAUUAACAAAAAAACAAAGCAGAGUUUCUUGCGUUACUUCCUCAAAGUUAUCGCAGACAAAGGAGUGGACAAAAAGAAGAGGCGGAGAAUGAAGGAAGAAAUAAGAAAGUCCAUUAGAAACCAAGUCAAGUCAAAGCGAUCGAUCGUAAAUGCGUGCACAGUUGGAAUGAUCACCCAGGUGACCAUCAGCGACGAGACGUUCCCCUUCAACUAUGACGACAUAAAUCAGUUCAACAUUUGCCUCAGCGCCUUGAUCGUUAAGGACAACUUGGAAGCCAUCACUAUGAAGGUGGACCAGGUGGAAUACCUCAAGAUUGUUCUCAGCAAGUUGCGAGAGGCUUACGCUGCCAGUUCGACGAUCCCAGAAAAUCAGGUUCGGCUCCUAGGCCCAGCGUCCCGUGUGGCUACCAUUAGUGACAUCAACCUGUGGACUAUCACUCAGAUCGACACACUCUAUGCUUUGAUGGACUCGUCCAACGGGCAGUGGGACCCGAGCUUGGCUAACGCCAUCAUCUCUAAGUAUCUGAGUAACCAAGGGAAACAACUGGGGAGUGCUGAGCUCAACUCUAUCGGUGGAGCCAACCUUUGCUCCUUGGACAUCGAAGUUUUGAAGAACAUUUCCCCUCAAAGCCUUAAAGAGGCUAACGCCCUGGUGGUAUCCAACUGCACCAUGGAGAAAAAGGAAGUCCUGUUCAACAUCGCCGCACGAGCAUUUGCCACAAUGACCCGCUCCACUGUCCCCGUUUCCUUUUUCCAGCUCACACAACCUUUCAUCGGGGGUGCAUCUGUAGACUAUGUCCGAAGUUUGGUGCCCUCCAACAUCAACAUGGACAUGGCUACCCUCACCAGUCUGAAUGAGAACGUUGUACUGAACCUGACUGUUCGUGAGGUCCAAGGUCUGCUUGGCUCCAACGUGGCCAGUUUAAAGUCCUAUGAAAACCAGACGGUGGUACAGAACUGGAUCACCAGGCAGUUGCAGACUGAUCUCAACACGCUGGGAGUGGGGCUUGUGGGAGGCAGAGUUGACUCUACAGCCACCACCAACUCUCCAACAACCGCUAACGGCUCCCCGACCACCACCAACUCUCCAACAACCACUAACGGCUCCCCGACCACCACCAACUCUCCAACAACCACCGGCUCCCUGACCACCACCAACUCUCCAACAACCACCGGCUCCCUGACCACCACCAACUCUCCAACAACCACCGGCUCCCUGACCACCACCGGCUCCCCGACCACCACCAACUCUCAAACAACCGCUAACGGCUCCCCGACCACCACCAACUCUCCAACAACCGCUAACGGCUCCCCGACCACCACCAACUCUCAAACAACCGCUAACGGCUCCCCGACCACCACCAACUCUCAACAACCGCUAACGGCUCCCCGACCACCACCAACUCUCAAACAACCGCUAACGGCUCCCCGACCACCACCAACUCUCCAACAACCGCUAACGGCUCCCCGACCACCACCAACUCUCCAACCACCGGCUCCCCAACCAUCAACUCCACUACUAUAACCACCAGUCGUCCCUCCACCACAGGUAAUGAUGGUGCCCGCAUCCGAGCAGACUGCGGCUUCUCCUUCCUUGUUCUCGCGUUCCUCAUCGCUUCUCUUGUAUGAAGAAACACGUGGCAGAUUAUUGGAGUUGAUGCAUUUGGGCAUAUAUAUCUGCUAAAAGAAGGAAAUGAUGUGACCUCAUGCCUCAUUGAUUACUAUGAAGAAAAUGUAAAAUGUGUAAUUACAAUACAUUAAAUGUAAAUAAUUUAUUCUUGAUUAGUGGAUCCUUCAGCAGCAAGUAUGCUCUGAAACCUUUUCACACGUUGCUUUUAGGCUCAUAUUUUUACUAUAUUUUACCUGGUGGUUAUGUUUCAGUUAUUAAAAUUAAGGUUUAACAGAAAAUGAAGGUGACAGUUUGUGUUGCUGUGUAAUCAUGUGUAACUUUUAGAUAGCUCUUUCUUCAGGCUUACCUUGAAAAUGAACAUCGUGCCUUGAGCUGUAUGAGAUUAUCAAUGAAUGUAUUUUUCUUUUUUUUUUUAUUAAAAUGUACCACUUUUUGGGUCCCAGGCGUCAUUUUAUCUGUGCCGUAAAUCUAACACCAACAACAAAUUUAGUUACUAAAUUGUCAUGAACAGCCAAUAAAAGUAAGUCUUGGCUACAAGUAAGUGAACACCA